UGGAUUCUAUUCUAAAGAAGAAAAGGUUGGAAAAUCUGAAAAAAUGAGUGCAACUGAACCAACUGUCGAAAAAGUCGACAAGAAUGUUUCUGAUGAUGAAGAUGAAGACAUUGAUCAAUUAAUUCUUGAUCUUCAAUCAAAUCAAGGUUUGGACGAUGAAGAAGAAGAAGACGAAGGUCCUCAAACUACUUUCAAAGCUGUUCCAGAAGAAUUGUUAAAGACUGACCCAACUACUGGUCUUUCUCAAGAAGAUAUCACCAAAAGAAGAAAGAAGUAUGGUUUAAAUCAAAUGGCUGAAGAAAAAGAAAAUUUGGUUUUGAAAUUUAUCAUGUUCUUCGUUGGUCCAAUUCAAUUCGUUAUGGAAGCCGCUGCUAUUCUUGCUGCUGGUUUAGAAGAUUGGGUUGAUUUUGGUGUUAUCUGUGGUUUAUUGGCUCUUAACGCUUUUGUUGGUUUUAUCCAAGAAUACCAAGCUGGUUCCAUUGUUGAUGAAUUGAAGAAAACUUUGGCUAAUACCGCUUUUGUUAUUCGUGAUGGUUCUCUUGUUGAAAUUGCUGCUAAUGAAUUGGUUCCUGGUGAUAUUUUACAAUUGGAAGAUGGUACCGUUAUCCCAGCUGAUGGUCGUAUCGUUUCUGAAGAUUGUUUAUUACAAGUUGAUCAAUCUGCUAUCACCGGUGAAUCUUUAGCUGUUGAUAAAAGACAUGGUGAUUCUACCUACUCUUCUUCUACCGUUAAAACUGGUGAAGCUUUUAUGGUUGUUACCGCUACUGGUGAUAACACUUUUACCGGUCGUGCUGCUGCUUUGGUUAACAAAGCUGGUGCCGGUCAAGGUCAUUUCACUGAAGUUUUAAACUCUAUUGGUACUAUCUUGUUGGUUUUGGUUAUUGUUACCUUAUUGGUUGUUUGGGUUGCUUGUUUCUACAGAACCGUUAAAAUUGUUCCAAUCUUACGUUACACCUUGGCUAUUACCAUUGUUGGUGUUCCAGUUGGUUUGCCAGCUGUUGUUACUACCACUAUGGCUGUCGGUGCUGCUUACUUGGCUAAAAAACAAGCUAUUGUUCAAAAAUUAUCUGCUAUUGAAUCUUUAGCUGGUGUUGAAAUUUUAUGUUCUGAUAAAACUGGUACUUUAACCAAAAACAAAUUAUCUUUACACGAACCAUACACUGUUGAAGGUGUUGAAGCUGAUGACUUGAUGUUGACUGCUUGUUUAGCUGCUUCUAGAAAGAAGAAGGGUUUAGAUGCUAUCGAUAAAGCUUUCUUGAAAUCUUUAAUUGCUUACCCAAGAGCUAAAGCUGCUUUAACUAAAUACAAGGUUAUUGAAUUCCAACCUUUCGAUCCUGUUUCUAAAAAAGUUACCGCCAUUGUUGAAUCUCCAGAAGGUGAAAGAAUUAUCUGUGUUAAAGGUGCUCCAUUAUUCGUCUUGAAAACUGUCGAAGAUGAUCACCCAAUUCCUGAAGACGUUCACGAAAACUAUCAAAACACCGUUGCUGAAUUUGCUUCCAGAGGUUUCAGAUCUUUGGGUGUUGCUAGAAAGAGAGGUGAAGGUCACUGGGAAAUCUUGGGUAUUAUGCCUUGUAUGGAUCCUCCAAGAGAUGAUACUGCUGCCACUGUUAAUGAAGCUAGACGUUUAGGUUUAUCCGUUAAAAUGUUGACUGGUGAUGCUGUUGGUAUUGCUAAAGAAACUUGUCGUCAAUUAGGUUUAGGUACUAACAUUUAUGAUGCUGAUAGAUUAGGUUUAUCCGGUGGUGGUGACAUGGCUGGUUCUGAAAUUGCUGAUUUUGUUGAAAAUGCUGAUGGUUUUGCUGAAGUUUUCCCUCAACAUAAAUAUAAUGCCGUUGAAAUUUUACAACAACGUGGUUACUUGGUUGCCAUGACUGGUGAUGGUGUUAACGAUGCUCCAUCUUUGAAAAAAGCUGAUACUGGUAUUGCUGUUGAAGGUGCUACCGAUGCUGCUCGUUCUGCUGCUGAUAUUGUUUUCUUGGCUCCUGGUUUAUCUGCUAUUAUUGAUGCUUUAAAAACUUCUAGACAAAUUUUCCACAGAAUGUAUGCUUAUGUUGUUUACCGUAUUGCUUUAUCUUUACAUUUGGAAAUCUUCUUAGGUUUAUGGGUUGCUAUCUUGAACAACUCUUUAAACAUUGAUUUAGUUGUUUUCAUUGCCAUUUUCGCUGAUGUUGCUACUUUAGCCAUUGCUUAUGAUAAUGCUCCUUAUGAUCCAGCUCCAGUUAAAUGGAACACUCCAAGAUUAUGGGGUAUGUCUAUUAUCUUGGGUAUCAUUUUAGCUGUCGGUACUUGGAUCACUUUAACUACUAUGUUCAUGAAGAAAGGUGGUAUCAUUCAAAACUUCGGUGGUUUAGAUGGUAUCUUAUUCUUGGAAAUUUCUUUAACUGAAAACUGGUUAAUUUUCAUUACUAGAGCUCAAGGUCCAUUCUGGUCUUCUAUUCCAUCAUGGCAAUUAGGUGGUGCUGUCUUGAUUGUUGAUAUCAUCGCCACUUGUUUCACCUUAUUCGGUUGGUGGUCUCAAAACUGGACUGACAUUGUUACCGUUGUCAGAACCUGGAUUUUCUCUUUUGGUGUCUUCUGUGUCAUGGGUGGUGCUUACUACUUAAUGUCUGAAUCCGUUGCUUUCGAUAACUUCUGUAACGGUAAAUCAAACAAACCACAAAGAGAUGGUAGAUCUAUUGAAGAUUUCUUAUUAUCCAUGCAAAGAGUUUCUACUCAACAUGAAAAAUCUACUUAGAUUUAUUAGAUUUAUUUUAAUUGCAAAAAAUGAACUUAAAAAGAUAUUUUCAAAUCAUAUUCCCACAUUCCCACUUUUGAUUUGAUUAAAUUUUUUUAUUUUAUUUUUAGCAUGUUUAUCAUAUUUCUUUUAUCUUUUUUUUUCAAAC